UAUUAAUUAUUCCCUUUUAAGAAGUUCAUUCAUUUUAUCCCGGAAAUAAUCAGGAUUGAUGGGUGGAGAUGUGGAUCAGACUGAUUCCAAUUCAGAUUCUCCACCAAUUCUGUGAUUGAGUUUCAAAUAUUUUUGAAAUAAAAAUUAUGGUUUCAUUUGACAUGUCAAGAUGUUAGUCUGAUAUGAAUUCAUUGUGAAAAAAAAAUCCACUGCCAGCAUACCCAGCAUGUAUAUGUAUAAAGUGUGUACUUUGAAUUAUGUUAUUACCAGGAGUCUACAACCUCUAAAAGAAACAUUUGGUCCAAUUUCUUACUGACAAAACCAAAUGAGAGAUGCAAACUCUCAAUAUAAUUUUUAUAAAACCACACUUUUUUCAGGCAUUUAUUUAUAAAUGUAACUUUUAAAUAUUCAGAAUGAUUAAACUAUAACAGUGUUAUGUUUUUCAAUAGGUUAUGUGAAUAUUUUGAUUUAUUUUAAUGUGACAGCAGCACCUGCAAAGUCCUUUCAAAAUAAAAUUUGGUGUCAAAAAAGAUCCUCUUAAAGCAGUAAAUGUACCUGCACUUAAUAUGAUGCAAUUCUGUCAUUUAAGAACUUUGGCUCUGAACAGAAACUAUGUACUGUUGUGCAGGAGAAGAUAAGAACAUGUGCUGUAAAGUUAAUCUAAUAAGAUUUAAUCAUAUUUCAUCUGACGUGUGCAUUUUGGAAGAAAAAAUAAACUUAAACUUUGAAGCUCCAUGCAAAAGCUUCUGGUAAAACAUUUUAACAAAAGAACAUUUUUAACAAACAUAACUUAUUUCUACGGAGACUCUUUUUGCAGUGCGCAAGAUUUUGUGAGUGCACAUUUUGAUUUUAUCUUUAAGAAAUGUUAUUCCAGGAAUAGAAACAAUCCUAACAGGAAGCAUCACAAAUGUCUUCCACUGGAAAAACCUGAUGAAGUCCUUCAGCAUUUUACGGUAACACUGCAAGAUCUGAGAUUACAGGCUUCCACUUCCACGCCCUCCAACGACGUCUUUGCUACUUUUGAAUUGUACUUCCCUGAUCUACCUGUCUGGUUCAUCGUCUCUGCAGUGAAGUCCUGGAUUUAAUGAUACAUUGGAAAUCUGCAGCAUACAGGAUGAUGCGCUUUUAUUUUUUGGACCAAUACAAGUCAGCGUGUCUUCUCUCCGUUGUGGUUAGAUGCUGAAGAACCUGCCAAAAAACCAGAGGAUCUGGAGUUCUUCAGACAGGAGGGGUCUAUCACAACUUUUCAGUGACUUGAGAUCCCAUUUUGGGAUAGUCAGGCAGCAGUCAUGUCCAAACAGCUGCAGAAGAAGCUGAAAGGAUUUAUCAAUACCGUGAACGACCAAUUUCCUGCAACCCAGAUGCCAACAGAAAAGACACAUUUUUUACCAGCAAAUAAUAUGUCUCCAGGUGUUUAUCCAGUCAACAAUAACAACGGUCAACCUGACCAGAACUGCAACCACAUGUAUCAACCUUACCUCACUACCACCUACAUCCAGGCCCCAAUUCCAAAUGCAUCACCUUUGUAUGCACCUCCUUAUGCACCCCCUUAUUCACCACCUUAUGCACCUCCUUAUGCACCUCCUCAUCCAUACUCUCCUUCUCAUCCUCACCCUUAUCCGAACUCUCCUCCUCCUCCUCAUCCUUAUCCGAACUCUCCUCCUCCUCCUCAUCCUUAUCCGAACUCUCCUCCUCCUCCUCAUCCUUAUCCGAACUCUCCUUCUCAUCCUCACCCUUAUCCGAACUCUCCUCCUCCUCCUCAUCCUUAUCCGAACUCUCCUUCUCAUCCUCAUCCUUAUCCGAACUCUCAUCCUUAUCCAAACUCUCCUUCUCAUCCUCAUCCUUAUCCGAACUCUCCUUCUUAUCCUCAUCCUUAUCCGAACUCUCAUCCUCCUCCUCAUCCUUAUCCGAACUCUCCUCCUCCUCCUCAUCCUUAUCCGAACUCUCCUCCUCCUCAUCCUUAUCCGUACCCUGGCGUCCAACAUUCAUACAACCCUCCUACACCUGUUGUUGAAACUCAACCCAUAAGUCCUCCUGCAGUUCAGCCUCCGCAAGGUGGGCUCAGCAACCAGGCUUGUGGUCCCGCUGCAAAGGCCUCCGGGUCUGGAAAGGAGAGUGAAGAAGGAGCAGCAGCAGAAGAAGAGGAGGGAAACAAGCUGUUUUCCAUUUCCUCAGGCGUGCAGCAUUUCACAGUGGAUGCAAACGGCCAGGUCAGUUCUCCGUUCCCUCCAGGAUAUCUUCAAAUCGUCACAUUCAGCAAUCAGGACCAAGACUCCACUGACGAAAAUCAUUUGGUUUUAUUAGAUGUGUGCGACCAGUUGUACGUACUGACAAAAGACACUCCAGUGCUGCUGGCGAGCUCUGGGAUCUUCAUGUUUCCUGACCCGAAGACCUCGGAGUCACUAGUUGGGAUAGUGUUAUCCUCUCAACUGCCUGCUGAAGAGCACGAGUUCUUCAGAGACAUUCUGUCACAGCUGGUCAACCUCCAGAUCCAGAGCCCUGAAGACACUGAAGAAAACUGCAUCAACUUAAAUGAAAAGGUUUCCCUCUCCUCCUGCAAUGAGGACCAGAAGAAAGAAAAAAAACUGCGACCCAAAUGGAGCGAGAAGGCGGGAAAUGCAAUUUUGUCAGGAGCCACAAAAUUCAGUAAGGGUUUUGAAAAAACAGCGAUGACCACAAGCACGUCCAUUCAUAAACAAGGAGCCAGGAUCCGAGACAACAUUCAACCGGAGAAGUCUCCGAUAAAAGUCAAUUCCAGCGUCACCCAGGGUCUCGGUGUGGCUAAAACGACCUCUGCUGGAGCUUUAAAAGUCAGUCGGGUUAUGGUGGGUGGUAUGACUGCAGUCUCAGAACAAGCAGGAAAAGCGUUGGCACCACAAGUAAAAAAACACGGACCCAAGAUGGUCCCAAAGUCUUUGAAGGAGAGCGGCGAUGGACGCCCUUCCAAGGCGGAUGGGGCUAAGUUUGUAGCAGGCCGCAGUGCACAAAGUUACUCUACUGUUCUUAACAGUUUGAAGACUGGAGCAAAAUGUGUUUGCAAAAGUUUUGCAAGUGAGACUACAGCAACUGUAGAAUACAAGUAUGGUGAAGAUGCAGGACAGGCGACAGACACGGCUCUCAAGACAGUGGGAAACGUUGGCUUGGCUGCAUACAACUUUAACAGACUAACAGUGACUAAGCUAGUGUUUUCUACCGCUAAGAGCACAGCUAGGGAAAUGGUUGACGACAACGACACACAACCAAAAGAAAGCUGAAGGAAGAGAGCUCCACAGACAGCGUGCACAUGUGGAAUGUGACAGAAGAAAGACACUGAAGCAGAAACUUAAUGUCCAUGAAAUGAGGAGGAGAAGCAAAAUACAGAGCAUCAAGCUGUGAAAAAUACAAAUAUUUUUAUCAGUGAUAUAAACGCCUAACAUUAGUUUCUAAUGUUGCCUCUAUGUUUAUUAAAUUCUCUGUAUUGUUAUCUA